GGAGCGGGCGCCGCCGUAGCGCCGGGUUGCCCCACUCCCGGGGCUGAGGGAGGCGGGCGGAGCCGCAGCCGCAGCGGCGGGCUGUGUCCCCUGCCCCGCCAGAGCGCAGCGCCACGCCGCUGCCCCCAUGGACUUCUACGAGGCGCACCCCUCCGGCAAGGUGGAUUUCGGCAGUAAAAGACCCGUGUUGGUUCUUCAGAAUGACUCUCUCUACUCUCAGAGGCGUCCUUACACCAGUGAAGAUGAGGCCUGGAAAACCUUUCUUGAAAAUCCCCUUACAGCAGCUACCAAAGCUAUGAUGAGCAUCAAUGGUGAUGAAGACAGCGCAGCUGCCCUGGGACUGCUCUAUGAUUACUACAAGGUCCCAAGGGAGAGGAGAUCUUCAACAGCUAAACCAGAGGUAGAACAUCCUGACCAAGACCAUAGCAAAAGGAACAGCAUCCCCAGUGUGACAGAACAGUCACUCAUUUCUGCUGGAGAAAACAGAGUCCAGGUUCUGAAAAAUGUGCCUUUCAAUAUUGUUCUUCCACACACGCCCCAGAUGGGCAUGGAUAAGAGAGGCCACCUUACAACACCGGACACGACAGUCACCGUUUCAAUUGCCACCAUGCCCACCCAUUCCAUCAAGACGGAGACACAGCCCCAUGGCUUUGCAGUGGGCAUCCCACCAAGUGUCUACCAUCCCGAGCCCCCUGAGCGGGUGGUGGUCUUUGACAGGAACCUCAACCCUGACCAGUUCAGUUCCAACACCCAGCCUCAAAACUCCCAGAGGCGAACACCAGAUUCCACCUUCUCAGAGACCUUCAAGGAGGGCGUGCAAGAGGUGUUCUUUCCUACUGAACUGAAUCUCCGGAUGGCCAACAUGAAUUCGGAAGAUUAUGUUUUUGACAGCAUUUCUGGGAAUAACUUUGAAUACACUCUGGAAGCCUCCAAGUCCCUCCGACAGAAGCCUGGGGACAGCACGAUGACUUACCUGAAUAAAGGUCAAUUUUACCCCAUCACACUGAAAGAAGUCAGCAGCAGUGAAGGAAUCCAUCACCCCAUCAGUAAAGUCCGAAGUGUCAUCAUGGUUGUGUUUGCUGAAGACAAAACAAGGGAAGAUCAGCUCCGGCACUGGAAGUACUGGCACUCAAGACAGCACACAGCCAAACAAAGAUGCAUUGACAUAGCUGAUUACAAGGAGAGUUUCAACACCAUCAGUAACAUUGAGGAGAUCGCGUACAACGCUAUAUCCUUCACUUGGGACAUCAAUGAGGAAGCCAAGGUUUUCAUUUCUGUGAACUGCCUCAGCACGGAUUUCUCCUCUCAGAAGGGAGUUAAAGGCCUGCCUCUGAAUCUUCAGAUCGAUACCUAUAGCUACAAUAACAGGAGUAACAAACCUGUCCAUAGAGCUUACUGCCAGAUUAAAGUCUUCUGUGACAAGGGAGCAGAGAGGAAGAUCAGGGAUGAAGAGCGAAAGCAAAGCAAAAGAAAAGGCAAGUGCACUGACCCCAGCUCUCAGUUGAAUGCCUUUUCUGAUGUUAAAGUGCCCAUGCUUCCCUCACACAAACGCACGGACAUCACCAUCUUCAAGCCCUUCAUGGAUCUAGACACUCAGCCUGUCCUUUUCAUUCCUGACGUUCACUUUGCAAAUCUUCAGCGUGGGGCUCAUGUCCUACCUGUUGCUUCAGAAGAACUGGAGGGUGAAAGCUCCAACCUGAAGAGAGGAGCCUAUAUUGGUGAAGAGGACUUUAUCGCUACUCCAAAUAAGAUGGCCAGAAUAGAAGAACCAAAAAGAGUGUUGCUCUAUGUCCGAAAAGAGUCAGAGGAAGUUUUUGAUGCACUAAUGUUAAAGACACCAUCUCUGAAAGGUCUAAUGGAAGCGAUCUCUGACAAGUAUGAUGUGCCUUUUGAUAAAAUAGGGAAGAUCUUCAAAAAAUGUAAAAAAGGGAUCCUGGUCAACAUGGAUGAUAACAUUGUGAAACACUAUUCUAAUGAAGAUACCUUCCAGUUGCAGAUUGAAGAAGUUGGAGGAUCUUACAAGCUCACUCUGACCGAGAUCUAAGAUCACAGGUCCUCUGUGGAUUUUAAACAAAGGUCUCAAGUGAACAUUUUCCCAUAAUUCAGUAUGUUGGGCAAAACACUAAUCACCUUCCCCAGAAGAAAGCCAGGUAUUGACUUGUUCUGGGGAGCAGAGCAGUGGUUUUGCUUAAUAUAGUGCGUUUCUGUUCUUUCCAAAGAACACUGUAGUGCUCAUGACCUUAUUUGCACUUGAGUGAGCAGAGAUCAGCAAUUAAAUAAGAGAACAUGUAUAAAACAUUAGUAAAUACAGGAGGGGAAAACUCCUGGAAGGUGGCCUUUUAGAGUGGUGAUAUCUUAUUUAUCUAUUUGAUAGCCAUGUUUGAGCCCGUUAUCAGCUAAUACCAUUUUAUUGGACUGUUUUCUGCUAGGUAGAACUGCAAAACUACUCAUUGAUAGUAGCAGGAGUUGCGUGCAGGUUGGAGAAAAGACUUUCCAAUGUUUACUCAUGAACAGGGCAAACUGUUGAAAUCACUUGUGUCACUGGGGGGGGGAAUGUAAAACUGCCUUGCUUAUGAAGAACUCGCCUUAGUAACUGUGUGAACUCUCAUCAGAUGAAGCUAUAUUGUAUAUAAGUGCAAUAUAUUUUUGAAGGUCUGUAAAUGUGUACAUACAACUGAUAAUAUAAUAUAUAUAAAAUAUGGUGUUCUGUAUAUACCGUGAAUAUAUGCAAUGAAGCCCAUCUAAAAGGAUGCCAUAUACAGAGAAAACAGAUAUUUAACGUCGCUAUUUAAAAAUGGACAAACCUUUAACAUGCACCAAAGGUGAGCACGUUUGUAUGUUCAUAGAAGGCACAAGAGACCUGCUUAUUCAACAUGGAUCUCCCUGUGUGGAAGGAAAAGGUACUGGUUCUCUCCCAAGCCCUCCUGCACAGCCAGGCGAUGGCAGUCCUGGCUUCUCUUGGGACUUUUAGCCCUGGAACUGCUGUGUGCUGCUGCCCUGGGAGCUCAUUUGGGCUGAGUCCGAGAGCUGGGUUCCAAGAAGAGCUGAGCAGAUGCAGUUUCCUGGAAAUCUCCCAUCUUGGGGUCAGGAAGAAGGUCUCCUGGAGGGUGGAUGCUUUUUUCAGCAGCAGUGUACUGCCCGCAGCAGCUUGGGCUGGAUGAACCCAUGGGUUGGAGCCAGCUUGCAAGGCCUAGGAUGUCAACAGCUGGAAAUUCUCAGGCAAUGCUUUUGAGAGAGAAGGGUGGCAUCCCAGCUCAGCAGGCCAAGCUUUAGGAGGGAAUAGGGGCUUGUAACUGCUUCCUGAUGUACCUACAUUGCAUUGACCCACUGCUGAGGUGGGGAGAUCAAAAAGGCAGCUAGUAGCAGGCAAUCUGAGCAUAGCUCCAGAUACUGCUUCAGCAUUAGAGUAUACAGUAUUUACUCAUCAUGUGCAUGUGCUUAUGAAGAAAGGCACCCUCUGGUUAGCAGCAGCUUAAGGUUAGCUCAGUUUAAACAGCAGCACUCAGCUGUAAGGAAAAACCUGCAUUACAAGGCAAGCAAGUGAGCAUAAGUACCUGGUUCAGUGUCAGUGCUUUUGUUAGGGAUCUGGAUAAUAAAAGAAGGGUUUAUAACAUCUUCAGGCAGCACAAAGCUGCAUGUGCCUCACCUGAAGAUCAACCUGGAUAGGCUGGAGAAAUAGUCCUGAAAAGUGGAAUAUGAUUCUACUUAAUG